AUGCCCGCCCCAUCUCUCCGCUCGCUCGCGAUCCGCUCCUGCAUCCGCCAUCUCCCCGACAUCACCUCCGUCGGCGAGAUCCCUUACUCGGUCCUUCGACCUGUUCUCCGCCGGAUCGAGAACCCAUCGCACCUUCGCACUAUCGAGGUCAGUAGUCCGCAUGUCGCUGACGCGGACGAGGAGUUAUGGAAAGCGUUCAUUGCUCGCGAUAUACCAGGCUGGGAGAAGAAGUUGGCGGAACUGGGCACGCCGAGGAAUGCGCGGAGUUGGUGGAAGGUCUACAGACGGUUGGUGAGAGAGGAGAAGGAGGCGAGGGAGAAGCAGGAGGAGAGGUUGAGAGAGGCGAUGUCUGGCCUGACUAAACAGCGCGAGGAUGCGAAUGUGAGUUUUGUGGGGAAGGUGGUGCCGAUGAAGGAGAAGGGACGCGCGUUUGUGGAUGGUGUGCGUAACCCUAAGGCGAACGGGUGGGGUGGUGUGGUGAAGCCUAGUGUGAAGAGGGGGAGGGAUGUGGUUGCGGCGUUAAGAAAUCAGUCGAGGCAGGCGGUUAGGGAGAGGGAGUAUAAUCUGGGUCAGAAGAGGACUUUUACGACUGUACCACCCCCGGGAACGAAGGGCAAGGUGCAGGCGGCGCCGGAGUGGAUGGUGCAGGAGUUGAAGAAGCCGGCACUUGCUAAGCCAGUGCCGGCGGCGGGUGAGGGUGUGAGGAGGGAGAAGAUUGCGGUGCCCAGGGUGUUUACGGCAUCCAAAGGACACAGCAGGGUGGAUGCCGCGUUGAGUAAAGCGGAGGGUCAGAGCAAUGCGGAGAAGGAGGCGAGACUAAGGGCACUGACUCAAGCGAAGUCGCGGGUCCCAGUGCUUGCAGCUGCUCCGUUAAGCCCACCCAUCAUGUCUGGGCAGGAUCGGAAGGCUGAGGAGCUGAAUGAGCCGGAGCAACUUCCGGGUGUUGGCAGGCUCGGCAUUGAGCCGACCGGAGAGCGGCGACCGAGUCAUGCACCUACAACCGCAACGCAGGCGAUGAGAAAGCGGGCGGCACCGGCGGCCUCACCCUUCAUGCCGGCUAAGAGGAAAAGGGGCUGA